AUGCGCUUCUCCGUUCUCGCCGCUUCCGCCCUCGCUGGCGUUGCCAUUGCCGCUCCCCGCCCGGCCCCCGUCGCCCUCAACUACGACGACGUCAUCGUCGUCGGUGAGGAUGGCUCCCACACCGUCAUGAAGUCCGCCGAGUACGACGCUCUCCAGGCCCGCGAGAAGCGCAUGGUCGCCCCCGCCAUCACCUCUCGCUCCGAGGGUAUUGAGGCCCGUGGCUGCGCCGAGUCCACCGAGGUCCAGGUCCUCUCCGACGAGUCUUUCCUCAACUGGGACGUCGCCAUGUCUCCCGUCCUCAGCUCCAUGGGUGGCUCUGCCACCGUCUCCGUCGCCAACGGUUACUCCAUCGCCAACACCUACACCGUGUCUUCCUCCAUCUCCAGCACCAUCGCCGAGAUUGGCCUCGGUGUCUCCCUGUCCGUCUCCUACGCCGAGACCUGGACCACCACCGAGACCCAGACCAUCGGAUUCACCGUCCCCGAGGGCCAGUACGGUCUCGUCGUCUCCCAGCCCAACGUCCGCCGCGUCAAGGGCAACAUCAUCUCCGGCUGCACCGACUCCCCCACCUACGGCGAGUUCACCUCCGACAGCUACUCCAGCCAGGCCUACGGCAACCUCAACUGGGUCAAGGGUGUCAUCCGUCUUUGCAACAGCACCACCUACCCCGUUCCCUUCUGCAACGGUGACGGUGCCCACAACUAA